AUGGGCUGGAGUGAGCGGGCGCCGCCAGGCCCAGCCAAGUGCCACGGCCACCGUCCAGGACUGUGGCCUCCUCACACUCCCAUGUCCGGGGACCAGCUGUGCCUGGUGAUGAGCAGCAGGUGCCCAGGCAGCCCUGUGGUCAGCUCCUGGGCCCAGAAGGCUGCGGUGCCUGGCCCGGGGCUUGGGAGCACCUGCGCCCUCCGCACCUGCACCUGCACCUGCCCCCGCGCCCCCCGCACCUGCCCCGCGCCCCGCAGCGUGAUUGCGCCCGCACGGCUCUGCGGUCUGCUGUACGCGGCGUGCGUGGCCGCGGCGCUGGCACAGGAGGGCAGCGCGAUGGCUGGGACGGGGCCGGGGACGGGGACGGGGACGGGGACGGGGCCGGGGACGGGGACGGGGACGGAGGCCGGGCCCCGGGGGCGCCGCGGGGAGCGCGCCUUCGUCCCGGAGCCCUUCGACGGGGAGGGCGUGGGCGCGCGCGCCUGGCUGCACCGCUUCGAGGCCAUCGGUGACCUGAACGGCUGGGACCCCGCGGCCAGGCUGCGGCUCCUGCGGGGGUCCCUGCGGGGACGCGCCCUGCAGACCCUCCGCGCGCUCGGGCCCGAGGCCCAGGCCGACUACGCGGCGGUGAAGGCCGCCCUGCUGCAGGCCUCCGGGGGCCUCCCGCCCCGCGAGAUCGUCUUCGCCAACAGCAUGGGCAAGGGCUACUACCUCAAGGGCAAGAUCGGGAAGGUGCCCGUGAGGUUCCUGGUGGACUCCGGGGCCCAGGUGUCCGUGGUCCACCCCAGCCUGUGGGAGGAGGUCACGGACGGCGACCUGGACACGCUGCGGCCCUUCGAGAACGUGGUCAAAGUGGCCAACGGGGCGGAGAUGAAGAUCCUGGGCAUCUGGGACACGGUGGUGUCCCUGGGGAAGCUGAAGCUGAAGGCAGAGUUCCUGGUGGCCAACGCCAGCGCCGAGGAGGCCAUCAUCGGCACCGACGUGCUGCAGGACCACAACGCCGUCCUGGACUUCGAGCACCGCACCUGCACCCUGAAGGGGAAGAAGUUCCGCCUGCUGCCCGUCGGAGGGUCCCUGGAGGACGAGUUCGACCUGGAGCUCAUAGAGGAGGAGCCGGCGGAGCCCGGGGCAGCUCCCUCCUACUGAGGGGCCCUCUCUGCGCUGCCCCCGAGCCCCCGAGCCCCCGAGGGAAGACACGCGCGGUGGAUGGCGGAGGGCCUCCGGAACCACCUGCGCCUUCGCCCCGUCCUCCAUCUGCAGGGGCCUUAAUCUGUCCCUGGGGUGGGGGGGGCUUCCAUCCUAGGAGGCCCCGGUGGGGGAGAACCGGCUGUCCCGGAGGGAGGUUGAGUCCUCGUGGUGGCCAAGCCGCUGUUGGUGGCAAUGAUUGGAAGGUUCGGUUCCAAGAAGGCCAGAAAGGACUGCCUCCCCCAGAGGACGGGGUGUGUCUUCAGACCCCUGAGCUGUGGCUCCUCCACACCAUGCUGUGCCCCGCUGGGCUGCGACCCGGCUGCAGGGUCCUGGCAAGCGAGACCCAGCUCCCGCAGGUGAGGCCCGCAGCUGCCCCGGGUCACGCCCCCUCCCCGUCGGGUCUUCCCACCCACCCACCUACCCGUAUGGUGUAGUUUCCUUCUGUUGUUCGCUUUGAAGCUCAUUGAACCUUACGCCAAUAAUUCCUUACUUCAAAAAAACAAUAAAGAUUGACUCAUGGAAAAACUA